CUGAGCCUUAAUUAUUCGAUCUACAUAUUUUCUCUUUGAUUACCAAAAUUACUACGAUUUCUGGCCCUUGCUAAUCCGGCCAACGUACAUCUUUGAUCCCUUUCUGCCACUGAUCUAACUACCCAACCAUGGAGGGCCAGACCACCCCUGCAAGAGGAAGCUUGAAGCGUAAGCUGGAUCCAGGAUUCCAAGGCCAAAACAACCAUUGAAAGGUUCUCGUUGUCGGAGACCAUAUGAGCAAAGAUGUGCGAUCAUCUACCAAACCUUGUUCGAACCAAUGGGAUUACAAGGUUUUCCUAAGUUUUAGAGGUGCAGACACCCGUAAGAAUUUUAUUGAUCACCUCUAUUCCGCCUUGGUGCGAACCGGAAUUCGGACAUUCUGCGAUGAUAAUGACCUUCCAAGAGGGGAGAAUAUAUCCAAGGAACUAAUCAAUGCGAUCCAUGGGUCAAAGAUUUCCCUCGUAAUUUUCUCCAAAGAUCAUGCCUCUUCUACUUGGUGCCUCGAUGAGUUUGUUCAGAUCCUUCAUUGUAAAAGUACCAUGAACCACAUUUUUAUCCCGAUAUUUUACCAUGUGAAUCCCUCCGAUAUACGAAAGCAGACUGGGCCUUUUGCCGCAACAUUUGCUAAACAUGAAGAGAGAUUUCAAAAAGAUAUGGAACGAGUGCAACGUUGGAGAGCAGCUUUCAUUGAAGCUGCGGAUUGUUCUGGCUUCAACCCCAGAGCGAUGCAAAUGGGUAUGAAGCAAGGUUUAUUGGGAAGAUUGUUGAACAAGUUUUGUAUAAAUUGAACCCCAUUCACUUGAAUGUUGUCCAGCACCCAGUAGGAAUAGAUUUGCAUGUCGAAGAGAUGAAAACUUUAUGACAACUUGGAACAAGCAGUACUAGUGAACUUUUCAUCAUGGGUAUGUAUGGGAUGGGUGGAAUUUGUAAGACAACCUUAGCUAAAGCUGUCUAUAACCAUAUAUGCGAUGGGUUUGAAGGAAGCAGUUGUCUUUUAAAUGUUAGAGAAGUUUCAGAACAAUCCAAUGGUCUAAUUCAGUUACAAGAACAACUUCUUUUUGAUAUCUUGAAAGUGAAAAUGUUUCUGAUUGGUAAUGUUGACAAAGGAAUCAGUUUGAUUAAACAAAGACUUCACCGAAAAAGAGUUCUUGUUGUUCUUGAUGAUGUAGAUCGGCUCGAUCAAAUAUAUGCAUUAGCCAGAAAUGGUGAAUGGUUUUUUGGUCCUGGAAGUAGAGUCAUUAUAACGACCAGAGAUGAACAUUUGCUGGAUAAAUUAGGAGUAAAUUACUCCUACAUUAAAGUUGAAAAAAUGAAUCAUUCGGAUUCUCUUCAGCUUCUUAGUUGGCAUGCCUUCAACAUGCCCCAUCCAGGAGAAAACUUUGGUGAGAUUUCGACUGCUGCAGUAGAUUAUGCAGGAGGGCUUCCAUUAGCACUAGAAGUUUUGGGUUCUGAACUGCGGGGAAGAAGCAUUAUUAAAUGGAAAACUACAUUAGAAAGAUUUAAAAAGAGUCCAAAUGCCCAUAUUCAGAAAAUACUUGGAAUAAGUUUUGAGUCACUAGACCAUACUACAAGGGAGGUGUUUCUAGAUAUUGCGUGUUUCUUUAUGGGUGUCAACAUAGAAUACGUCUUCAAAAUACUGGAGGAAUGUGGAUCUUUUCCAGAUAUUGCUAUCAAUAUUCUCGUUCAAAGAUCUCUCGUUAAAAUUGAUUAUCCCAAUUUGAGGAUGCAUGAUUUUAUUCGAGAUAUGGGAAGGGAGAUUGUUCGUCAAGAGUCACGUCAUCCAGGAAAACGUAGUAGAUUGAGGUCUCAUGAAGACAUGUUGAAAGUACUAAAAAACCAUACGGGAUCGGAAGUAGUGGAGGGUCUCAGCCUAACUCCGCCCAUACAUGAAGAUCAUGUCAUAUCUUUGGAAUCUGAAGCAUUUUCAAAAAUGAAGAAUUUGCGAUUGCUUCAAAUCAAGGGUGUAAAAAAUUUAAAACUCGAAGGAUGCUCUGAGCAUCUUUCCAAAGAGCUAAGAUGGAUUUGCUGGCAUAGCUGUCCUCUGAGAUUUCUUCCGCCAAGACUUCAUCUUGAAAAUCUUGUUGUGCUUGACAUGCAGUGUAGCAAAAUCAAACAAGUCUGGAAGCUGGAGAAUAAUAUACUCAACAAGUUGAAAGUUCUUAAUCUCAGUUUUUGCGAAAAUCUCACCAAAUCACCGAACUUCUUACAAGUCCCAAAUCUAGAGGAGCUAAUACUUGAAGGUUGCACAGGCUUGGUAGAGCUGCAUGAGUCUAAUGGAUAUCUGAAAGGACUUGUUUUGCUGAAUUUGAAUGGAUGCAAGAGCCUUAUGAAUCUUCCGGAAAGCAUUUAUAAAUUAAAAUCUCUCAAAUUUUUUCACAUGGGUCGCUGCUUCAAUAUCAUGCGGAACAUUGCAGACAGAACUACUAUUAACCUACCAAAUAGAUCAUGGAAUCCCAGAAAUUUCGUAAGGGCUUCCCUUCAUGUUUUUGGGUCUUUGGUAAAACUAGGUCUCCGUAACAGCAAUUUAUUGGAAGGUGACUUUCCCAUUGAUUUUGGGGGCUUAUCUUCACUCCAAGAUUUGGAUUUAUCAGUCAACAAUUUUCGUGAACUCCCUCAUGGCAUUUGUCAUCUUCCCAAAUUAGCCUGUUUAAAUUUAGCUGAGUCUCGAUCCAUUCGCUCAAUUUCCACUCUCCCUGCAAAUUUACGGAUCUUAUUUGCAUUUAGCUGCGAAUCACUGGAAAGAAUCUCAAUUUCGGAGUCACGAUUGGAUGCACUUGUACUUAGGGACUGCCACAAACUAGUUGACAUUCAAGGCUUUGAGAAUUUGUCAUUUACAAUAGCGGUUUGCCUGGAAGGGUGCCCCGAACGAGAAGAAGAUACUGAUUUUGUGAAGAGUCUACUCCAGCUCCAGAAGUGGAAGUGGCCGUCUAGGAUUGAGAGGCGCCAGAUAUCCUUGUAUGGUGACGAGGUUCCAAGUUGGUUCAGUCAUAAGAGAAAAGGGUCUUCAAUAUCCUUUCAUAUACCUUCACUAGUUUCAGAUCAUGAAGGAGUGAUUAAUGGAUUAGUAUUUGGAGUUGUUUGUAGAAAUAAGAACAGUACUCUGCAUGCAUGGCACGGUGAAAUUAGCGUGGUAUUCCAUAAUAAAACAAGAGGCCACAUACAAGUUAUUGAUCGAAUAUUCUAUUACACGAUACGGUCUCUGGAUUAUUUAAUUUUGCUUCAGGUGGGAGUGGAUGGAGGUGGUAAAAUCCGGCCAUAUGAUCUGGAGAUGAUAAAUGGGGAGGAAAUCGAGGUGUCCUUCGAGUUCGAGUGUUCACAGGAGCUAGAGUACGUUGCAGUGAAGAAGUGUGGAGUUCAUCUCCUGAUCAUUCAGCGUGCGGAGGAGUGUUCAACGGUGUACAAUACCAAAAAGAAAAACAAAAAUAUGAUAGAAGAUGAUAUGAUCGAUACUCAGCCUGUUACGAUGCUUAUAAGAGACAUACCUCAUAAUCAGCCGAUGCAUCGGGAUUACGACGGGCUUGGUAGUUAUGUGUCCUAUUUAGAUUGUGUGAAAUCAGCACUUACUUCAUAA